CACUCCACCGCUAGUAGCCUACUCGGAGCAUUCAUCUUCGUUCCGUCCACAUGCAUUCGUUCUCGUUUCACUAAAGGAGGUGUAGUUUGUCCGAUUGCUACUGCUAAAAGGGGUUGGACAAAAAUAUUUUCCAUCUUGAACAAUUGCAAUAGCUUCGCAACAUGGCGUCAAUAGGAGAUUUCGACCCGCUCAAUGCUUCCAUCCCUGCCACCAAAGUUGAAAUCACAGUGUCUUGCAGAAAUCUGCUGGACAUGGACACCUUUUCCAAAUCCGAUCCAAGCCUUUUGUCUGCUUGUCUGCUUUUUCUGCCUGUCUUGACAUUCUUAUAUUCCACUAGCCUUGCAUGAAUUUCUUAUGCGUUCUGUACACACAAGGCAUCAGCAAUAAGGAGUGGAGAGAGUUUGGAAGGACAGAGGUGAUUGAAAACACUCUCAACCCAGAGUUUGUUCGUAAAUUCAUCUUGGAUUAUUUCUUUGAGGAACGACAGAAUCUGAGAUUUGACCUGUACGACGUCGACUCAAAGAGCGCCAACCUGUCGAAACAUGACUUCCUUGGCCAGGCGUUCUGUACGUUGGGAGAGGUGGUGGGAUCGCUGGGAAGCCGCAUGAAGAAACCUCUCGUGGGCCUUCCUGGAAAGAAGUGUGGAAACAUCAUUGUUAAGGCAGAAGAGAUGGGAAACUGCAGGGAGUCGGUGAUGAUGCAGUUCUGUGGGAAUAAACUGGACAAGAAAGAUUUCUUCGGCAAGUCAGACCCUUUCCUCGUCUUCUACCGCAGCAAUGAAGAUGGAACGUUCACAACCUGCCAUAAGACAGAGGUGGUGAAGAACACACUAAACCCAGUGUGGCAGGCCUUCAAGAUACCCGUCAGAGCACUCUGCAACGGAGACUACGACAGAACGAUCAAGAUAGAAUGCUACGACUGGGACAGAGAUGGAAGCCAUGACUUCAUAGGAGAGUUCACUACCAGCUACAGAGAGCUAUCCAGAGGCCAGUCCCAGUUCAAUGUGUAUGAGGUUGUAAAUCCAAAGAAGAAAGGAAAAAAGAAAAAAUACCUCAACUCUGGAACGGUAACACUGCUCUCAUUCCUGGUGGAUAUAGAGGUCACCUUCCUCGACUACAUCAAAGGAGGAGUGGGCCAGGGCGGGACCCAGAUUAAUUUCACAGUGGCGAUUGAUUUCACCGCUUCAAACGGCAACCCAACCCAGCCCACCUCCCUUCACUACAUGAGUCCCUACCAGAUGAAUGCCUACGCCAUGGCCAUGAAGGCUGUAGGGGAGAUCAUCCAGGACUACGACAGUGAUAAGAUGUUCCCUGCUUUGGGCUUCGGAGCCAAGCUUCCCCCUGACGGACGGGUCUCACAUGAGUUCGCCCUGAAUGGCAACCCCCAAAACCCAUACUGUGCAGGUAUAGAUGGAGUGAUGGAGGCAUAUUACCAGAGCCUGAAGUCUGUCUGCCUCUACGGCCCAACCAACUUCUCCCCUGUCAUCAACCACGUGGCCAGGUAUGCUGCGUCAGUGAAGGAUGGCUCUCAGUACUUCAUCCUCCUCAUCAUCACAGAUGGAGUCAUCUCAGACAUGGCCCAGACCAAGGAGUCCAUCGUCAACGCUUCGUGUCUUCCAAUGUCGAUUAUCAUCGUAGGGGUGGGACCAGCAGAAUUUGAUGCGAUGAUUGAGUUGGACGGGGAUGAAGUGAGGAUCUCGUCGAAGGGAAGAUAUGCAGAGAGGGACAUUGUUCAGUUUGUCCCAUUCAGAGACUACACCGACCGGACAGGCAACCACAUCCUGAGUAUGGCCCGUCUAGCCAAGGAUGUCCUGGCUGAGAUCCCUGACCAGUUCCUCUCCUACAUGAGGAUCAGAGGCAUCAAGCCCUCGCCCGCACCCCCUCCAUACACCCCCCCAGGACACCCCCUGCAGACGCAGAUCUGAAGGGUGCGGAGAUGCCCCCUGGUCCCGAACAAAACCUCUUCAAAUAUGUAUUUGUCUCUCUCCUCUCUGCAUCACUCGCUCAGUGAUAGGAGAGGCCUUCUUGGCUUUCUCGCUCUCUCUCAUUGCACUAAUGGAGGCUGACUGACUGGCAGGGUUCUAGAAGUUUUUACUGAGCGGUUCUAAAGGGUUCUACUUUGGAACAGGCGGAUGGAGUCAACAGGGGCAUGUUUACUUUCAUUGUCAAACGUUCCUCUGUUUGGACUUCGUGUAUAUCGGCCAAUGGAGACACUCUCUGGGACACACCCGGGAAGAUGGACAGAGUCUGGUCUUCCCAACUCACCUGGCAAGGAAUGAAGGAUUUAAGGAAAGAAUGAAAGGAAGAAGGAAGGAUGACAGGAGGAUAGGAAGGAAGUUCCUGGGGACUGGCCUUUUUCAGGAGCAGAGUGGUGAAAGGGUUCUAUAGUCUGGAUGUGGUAUCACUUGACUGUUGUAAAUAACUGGAAAUAUAUUUCUAUCUCUCUCUACUCUGUCUCUCUAUUCUUCCAACUCUCACUCAAUGUUUACAGUACAUGUUAAUGAUAAUGAGUUUUACCAUUGGACGCUUGUAUAAUAUACAGUACAAGUCAAAAGUUUGGACACAUCUACUCAUUCAAGGGUUUUUCUUUAUUUUGACUAUUUUCUACAUUGUAGAAUAAUAGUGAAGACGUCAAAACAAUGAAAUACACAUAUGGAAUCAUGUAGUAACCAAAAAAAGUGUUAAACAAAUCAAAAUAUAUUUGAGAUUCUUCAAAGUAGCCACCCUUUUCCUUGAUGGCAGCUUUUCACACUCUUGGCAUUCACUCAACUAGCUUCAUUUGUUGGCUGCUUUUCCUUCACUCUGCGGUUGAACUCAUCCCAAACCAUCUCAAUUGUGUUAAGGCUGGGUGAUUGUGGAGGCCAGGUCAUCUGAUGCAGCACUCCAUCACUCUCCUUCUUGGUCAAAUAGCCGUUACACAGCCUGUUGGUGUGUUGUGUCAUUGUCCUGUUGAAAAACAAAUGAUAGUCCCACUAAGCGCAAACCAGAAGGGAUGGAGUAUCGCUGCAGAAUGCUGUGGUAGCCAUGCUGUUUAAGUGUGCCUUGAAUUCCAAACAAAUCACUGACAGUGUCACCAGUAAAGCACCAAAAGCACCAUCACAGCACAUCCUCCACGCUUCAUGGUGGGAACCACACAUGCGGAGAUCCUCCGUUCACCUACUCUGCGUCUCACAAAGACACAGCGGUUGGAACUAAAAAUCUCCCAUUUGGACUCAUCGGACCAAAGGACAGAUUUCCACGGGUCUAAUGUCCAUUGCUCAUGUUUCUUGGCCCAAGCAAGUCUCUUCUUAUUAUUGGUGUCCUUUAGUAAUGGUUUCUUUGCAGCAAUUCAACCAUGAAGGCCUGAUUCAUGCAGUGUUCUCUGAACAGUUGAUGUUGAUUUGUCUGUUACUUGAACUCUGUGAAGCAUUUAUUUGGGAUGCAAUAUCUGAGGCUGGCAAUUAAUGAACUUAUCUGGGUCUUCCUUUCCUGUGAUGGUCCUCAUGAGAGCCAGUUUCAUCAUGGCGCUUGAUGGUUUUUGCGACUGCAUUUGAAGAAACUUUCAAAUUUCUUGAAAUGUUCCGUAUUGACUGACCUUAAUUUCUUAAAGUAAUGAUGGACUGUGGUUUCUCUUUGCUUAUUUGAGCUGGGCUUGGUGUUUUACCCAAUAGGGCUAAUUCCAUAUACCACACCUACCUUGUAACAACACAACUGAUUGGCUCAAGCGCAUUAAGAUGGAAAGAAAUUCCACAAAUUAACAAGGCACACCUGUUAAUUGAAAUGCAUUCCAGGUGACUACCUCAUGAAGCUGGUUGAGAGAAUGCCAAGAGUGUGCAAAGCUGUCAUCAAGGCAAAUGGUGGCUACUUUGAAGAAUCUCAAAUAUAAAAUAUAUUGUGGCAAUUUGUUUAACAUUUUUUUGGUUACUACAUGAUUCCAUAUGUGUUAUCUCAUAGUUUUGAUGUCUUCUAUUAUUCUACAAUUUAGAAAAUAGUAAAAAUAAAGGAAAACCCUUGAACGAGUAGGUGUGUCCAAACUUUCGACUGAUACUGUACAUACUUCUUUGGAAUAUCAAUCAAUAUUCUCUCUCUUUAUCUCUCAGCGUGUUGUCUUUGCCAGGGGAGUCAGGUUGAGGUUGCAACAGUGCAGGUCCAAGUAGCCACUGUACUAUACAAUGUUGUCCCUUUGCAUGAGUGUAGCGUCAGAGCAUGCAUUGUGGUCCUACACUUCCCUGCCUGUCACUGCUCUCAGGCUUUGGGGUUAAAUGUUUGUUGUUGAAGCGCAUUCUGCUCCUUUCUAAACUGCCUUGGCGAUAGGGUGCCCAUGCCAGCCACGCUGCGAGUGCCCACGGGUUUUCUCACUGUGCCGAGAACAACAGUGACUCAACCAACAUCAUAUUCUCUUCCAAAUCCAUUUAAAUAACAACAGAUGCUCUCAGAUCCAGUUUGAGACAACAGCAGAAGCCCAGUAGUCAAAAACAGUUACAAAAAUGAUUUCCUUCUGUUUGGUUCUUGUUCUUUUUGUAUUAUUAUUACAUUUGUCAUUUAGACUUACAGGAGCAGUUUCGGGUUAAGUGCCUUGCUCAAGGGCACUUGGGCAGAUUUUUUUCUUCUCAACUAGUCGGCUCGGAAUUCGAACCAGCGACCUUUCAAUUACUGACCCCAACACUCUUAACCACUUGGUUAUUGCCUUGGAAGUUGAUAUUCUUAAGUAGAUUGUUUUAAGUUGCCUUGUUACGGUAACUUUAUUGUUUUGAGUUGUGCCAAUCAUUAUGUCAUAUUAUUUAUUUGUUAUAGUGUUAAGCCCCGAGUGUGUUGGCCGUAGAUGAUGGUGUCUGGCGGUUGUCAUGACAACUUGUUCUUCCUAAAUGUAAUUCUCAUCCAAUAAUCCCAAUUAACAAUGCCCACUGAGGGCUAGGAGUUUUACCUCACCUAGGAAAAACUCCUGGCCCGUAGCCAUUAUACCCAGUCAACCCACUCUUACAGCCAGGGUAUCCUCUUCAAUCUGCUGUCUUAAUGGGCUUGGAGUUUAUAUCAACUGCCUUUUUAAUUAUUAAUCAUAUUAAUAAUUAUUAUCAUAAUAUAGCUAUUAGCUACUGCUUGUAUGGAGGUGGUGUGUAAUUGAUAACUUGAUUGGUUACAUGUCAAUAUCCCUUAUCAAACUGACAUUCCAACACUACAUUUAUGUAUUUCGCAGUUGUUGCCAUUUUCAUGUGUGUGCCACUGUCGGUCUGUUGCCAUAUCGUUACUGAUAGACCGAUGCCCUUUGCCACAAUUCAACCACAUAACAACUCCUCUCUUUUCUGUGUAAUUCCUCCUCUUGUUUCACUGCAGCUCAGUGGACGCAGCCUUACAGAUUACAAUAGACUGUGUUUUAAUGCUUUAAAUAGGAUUGACUCCAAGCCAAUAAUAUUUGGCAUAGCAGUAAGAGGGGGGUGAGAGAGGGGGAUACAGCCCAGUGGGUUAUGUCAUUGGAGGGUCGUUCCAUGUAAUUUUGUUGUUCUAUGUCAAUGUUAAAGGGAUAGUUCGCCCAAAUUACAAAAUUACAUAUUGGUUUCCUGAAAGCAGUCUAUGAACAAAAGUACGAACCAUUCUUUGGUUUUGUUUACUUGGCCACUGUUUUUUGAAUUCUAACUUUUUAGCAUUUGUCACACAAUCCAAUGCAAGUCAAUGGUACCUAUAUUAGCAUUUUCAUUGCUUCAUAUGCAAAUCAUCUCAAGUAACAUACUUGAUUUUAACAUGAAGUGUAAAAAUGCCACUAUGUGUCCUCUUUCUGGUGUCUUUUUGAGGUGGAACGACCCGGGUCAGAAGUAGACAACCAGGUCAACCCGCUGAUUUAGUCAGAGGAGUACAGGCAUUUAGUGCUACAUGCCUGAGUCGACACAGUGCCACACCUAUACAGGGAGAUGUUGGCUAGCCUAGAGAGAGAAUAACCUCACACGGUAUAUUCAACAUGGCAGUCUGCAGUUUUAACCCACGUACUUUACACAACAUAUAUUUGAUGAGAAACUCUGCCUUGUUUAAAACAUUUUUUUUAGAGACAUACAGUAGACACAAACUGUCUUUCCAACCUUUCUUGUCUCUCUCACAACUUUCAGUAAUGUCUUCUUUCAUCGUGUUUUUCUCACACAUUUGAAAGCCUUCCAUAAUUGCCUCCUCUGCAUCUGUAGUUGUGGCUUGUCUUGAGUCUUUAUAUCAUAAGAAACCUUAGCGAAAUCCAUAUAGUGUAGCCAAAUCCAUAUGAGGCACCGCAUGGCUCGUCAAAAGAAAUGCACUAUGUGGGGAAUAGCUAGUGUGUUAUUUGAAACCCAGCUUGUCUGUGCUGCAGUCUUCCACUGGGCUUGUAGCAGAGCAGGAGGUAUCAUUAGGACUUUGGGUCACAGUCUAGAGCUCGUUAUAGGCUCCCAUUAACCACCCACAGGCUACUGACACAGUGUGGACACACACACACACGUGUGCCCGUGCAUACACACACACACGACCACGCAGACACACAUACAGCUGAGAUCAUGUUCAACAUCAAGGACUACGGACGUUGUCAUUUUUUGCGCUUUCUCUUUUUACACUACUGUAGAAAGGAUCAUUCUUUUCUUUCACUGCUUUGCUAGUGCCACAACACUUGCCAUCUGCUUGCCAAGCCGUGUGUGUGUGUGUGUGUGUGUGUGUGUGUGUGUGUGUGUGUGUGUGUGUGUGUGUGUACGCGUGCCGCCAGAGUUUUUAAUAGAGCAUGUGAGUUCACACACGUGAUCUUUGUUUACUAAAGAUAUCCAAGAUAUCCGUGCACUAUGUUUGCAUGUACAGUUUUACAUGAGAUGCACCAGUUCUUUUGUUGUAAUUGAGUGUUUUGGAAAAAGAAAAUCUAUGAAAAUAACUAUACAAAAUGGCCUUAAAAAAAUUCACUGAUUUCUUGGAAUUUGUGCGAUGCCUUCAGAUAUUGACUUGUUCUCUCUUUUUGUGUCCGUGUACAAUGUUUUCUUUGCAUAACUUCAUUUAUGGGGAAAACAAUUUUAGGACUCCGUGGUCAAUCAGAUGAAAGCCUGACUGAAGUUCUGAUUGUCUGGUAAUCCAUAUUAUAGAUGACUAUUUCUGAAUCAAACUACUGAUUUUUAAAUAAAGAUUCUUACUUAACACUAA